AUGUAUAUCGAGAACAUGUCCCGCCUCUUCAAACGAGCCGAUCCGAACAUGACCGAAGAAAAGAAAGUGCGCCAUUUGAUGCGUGGAGUCAAACAGGACUUAAUUGCAGUCCUGGUUCGCAAUCCUCCUCGUAACGUGGCUGAAUUCCGCACAGAAGUCAUGACCAUAGAAAGAGCACUGCAGCAGCGUGCCCGUCACUACAAUCGGGAUGCCAGUAGUGAGCCCACGGGCCUCCUUUUGGCGAAGCGAGACAGCAGCAACGAGACGCUGAGGGAGCUGGUUAUGCUGCAUACUCACUUGGACGGCCACAUACGCCACACGACACUCAUGGAGUACUCAAAGAAGAAAAAGAUUGAUCUCGGCUACGCCAACCUCCAAGACUGCUUGAAGAAGACUAGGCCGUCCAAACCUAGCACUUUGCAGAACUACCUGAAGGAGAUGCCGAACUAUCUGAGAGUCAUCGUUGGUGACCGGGAUGCCCUGACACGCAUUGCGUACGAGGCUGCCGUAGACCAGGCCAACUGCGGCGUCAUCUACAGCGAGAUGCGCCUGUUCGCCCAGAUGAUGAGCAGCAGCAUGUCGAGCCUGCCCAAGGGUUCGGGCCCCAUGACGCUCAACACGACCCGGGAGGUGGUCGACGCCACGCUGGCUGGAUUCGCCAAGGCCGAGCAGGAAUGCGGCAUCAAGGCGCGCCUCGUUCUCGCCUGCUUCAGGGACAAGCCAGGCAGCUUCGUAGCUGUUGUGCCAGUUGUCAACGUGUUUAUAGAGAGCGGUGGCGAGCUUGAAGAAUGGGCUGACGAGGUCGUGACCUUAUGCCAGGAGUACAAGGGCAAGGGCGUUGUCGGCAUGGACGUGUGCGGAGUGUUCGCCCCGAAGCAGACCGCGAAGGAGGGCGAGGAGAUCCUUCACCCUCAAGUCAUACAAGCCUUUAAGAAAGCGGCCACCCUGGGUGUUCACCGCACGGCCCACGCUGGUGAAGCCGGCCCUCCGAGCAACAUCGCGCGCGCGAUCACUGAGCUGGGCGCCGAGCGUAUUGGGCAUGGCUACGCCGCCAUGCGCGAGGGUGGCGAGGCCUUCAAGCUGGCUAUAUCCAAGAAGAUUCACUUCGAGGUGUGUCCCAACAGCAGCUACCUGACGGGAGCCGUGAAGCCUACCGAGGAGCACCCUAUGAUGGCUUGCAAGAAGCAUAACGCCAGCUUCUCGAUGAGCACUGACGACCCGACCAUCACGCACACGGACAUUGACGACGAGUACUGGCUGGCACUGAGACAGGGGCUCUCACCCCAGGACAUCAUUAAGACGAACCACGAUGCCAUCGAUAACUGUUUCCUGCCUCCGGAAGAGAAGAAAGCGCUACGCAAGUGGUUCGAUGAGCUGAACGGGCUCGCUUAAGGUGUCGCUGCCACACAACCAAGCUCGUAAAAGGAAGAACGCGGCCCCCAACUUUCGCAAGGCUCCACGACCUUGCCCGCUACGCCAAGAUUC